AUGUACUAUGGUGUUGUUUCUAAGUACUCUGAUGCCCCGCCAACCGCCCCUGCCGAUAUCGAUACGGGCGGUAUCCGCAACUCCAGUUCGUCAUCUCACCGAACCACGACUUAUAUUGCCCUUCUGAGACCCGUGUACGCCAGCGUUGUCCCGUUGUCGACUCAAGGAGCACGCUCGCCGCCACGACUGAGCCCCGCCCCCGGAACUAACCCAUCAUUAUCGGCCGAGGUCCCAACAACAACAACAGCAAAGAUGGUGCAGGAGUUCAAGCUCUCAGCCCAACUAAAGGGCCACGAAUCUGAUGUUCGGGCAGUUAGCUUUCCAGCAGCUAACGUCGUCCUCUCUGCCUCCCGAGACCACACUGUUCGACUUUGGCGCAAGGCGACGAGCCAGUCACCCUUCGACGACACUAUCGUUAGCCAAGGUCACGGCUACAUCAACUCUCUCACCUUCAUCCCACCUACUGGCGAAUACCCCGACGGCCUGGUUGUUUCAGGCGGCGCCGAGCCCAUCAUCGAGGUCAAGAAGCCGAAUGCGACACCUGAUAUUAAUGCCGAGCGACUCCUAGUUGGACAUGGCCACAAUGUGUGCACACUCGACGUCUCGCCCGACGGAAAAUGGCUUGUUUCUGGCAGCUGGGAUGGCAAAGCGAUCGUUUGGAAUACUGCUACUUGGGAGAUGGCCCAUGUGCUCGUCCACAACAUGGACAACAGAGGUGUCUGGACAGUCCUCGCAUACGACGCGGAUACCAUUAUUACCGGCAGCGCCGAUAACAACGUACGGAUAUUCCGACUAAAAGGCGCUACGGGCCUCGAAAUUGAAGCUUCACGCACCCUCAGGACCGGUGAUGUUGUGCGCGCAUUAUGCAAGCUUCCCUCAGGCCUGAAGGGACAUCCCAGCGGUGCUGAUUUCGCCAGUGCCGGUAAUGAUAGCGUCAUUCGGCUAUGGAAGUUGUCAGGAAAAGAGGUGGGAAAUCUUCAGGGCCACGACAGCUUCAUCUACUCACUUGCCGCCCUACCUACCGGCGAAAUUGUCAGUUCUGGAGAAGACCGCACUUUGAGAAUCUGGAGGGGCUCCGAAUGCAUCCAGACUAUUACACACCCUGCCAUCUCGGUGUGGACUGUGGCCGUCUGUCCCGAAAAUGGCGACAUUGUGUCCGGUGCCAGCGACAAUAUGGUCCGUGUCUUUACCCGGAGCGCUGAUCGGACAGCGGACACCCAAACCAUCGCCCAGUUUGAAGAGUCUGUGCGAAGCUCUGCAAUCCCACAGCAGCAGGUCGGCUCUAAUAUCAACAAGGAGAAGCUUGAUACCAAGGACUGGAUGCAAACCAAUUCCGGGACCAAGGAUGGCCAGAUCAAGAUGAUUAGGGAGGAGGAUGGCACCAUUGGCGCCUACCAAUGGUCCAUGGGUCAACAACAGUGGAUCCACGUCGGAACAGUCGUUGAUUCUGCUGGUAGCAGUGGCAAAAAGGUGUCGUACAAUGGCCAAGAGUACGAUUACGUCUUCGACGUGGAUAUUGAGGAUGGCAAGCCACCACUGAAGCUCCCUUACAACCUGUCGCAGAAUCCGUACGACGCGGCCACCAAGUUCCUUGGUGACAAUGAACUCCCGAUCUCGUAUCUCGACAACGUCGCCAACUUCAUCACACAGAAUACUCAGGGUGCCACCCUAGGACAGGCCAAUGAGGCCCCCUCGAGCGACCCUUACGGUACCGACUCUAGGUACAUACCUGGCCAGGACAGUCAACCUGCGAAGCCUAAAUACUUGCCGCAUACCGAGUUCCUCAGUUUGACUAACGGCAAACUUGAGCCGGCCCUUGCUAGACUCAAGACGCUCAACACCAAGCACAUUCAGGCCGGGAACAAGCAUAUCGCGAUGAACCCCGAUAACGUUGAGAUUCUUGAGGAGCUUGUCAAGCAGCUGCUUCGGCCAGCUUCUGCUGCCGGAAAGUUGGCCAACUUGGACGCAUCAAAACCCAUUCUCCUCACACUCGUCACUCAGUGGCCGUACGCGGACAGGCUGCCAGCGUUAGAUAUUCUCCGUUGCCUCGCCGCCUGGCCUGCCGCGGCUUCCAUCACAGACGACCGCUAUGGCGACAUCAUCGACAUUGCGGUCAGGGGAGCACUUGACGUGGAGGAUACUGUAACUGCAGACGGCUCAUUGAGCGACUUUAUCGCCAACAAGGUUGACGCAACAAAAGCAAAUGCUAAUAGCGUCAUGAUGGCUCUUCGUACCAUUGUCAAUCUCUUCAAGCUUGACCACGGCCGGAAGCUCGUAGCCAGCAAGGCCGGCGUUAUUCUCUCCUUUAUGGGACACAUUGUUGGUCUCGACGGGGAUAAGGGCGUGAUUGGCGCCGAGAACAACAAUUUCCAGAUUGCCCUGACUUCGGCGGCCUUCAACUUUGCUUGCCUAUUUUACAGAGAAAGGAAGUUGGAUGCGAACUUGGACGAAAUUGCGCUUCUCAUCAUGAUUGUCGAGGCAACCGUGCGUAAGCAGAAGGAUCCUGAAGUCCUGUUCCGCGCUCUAAUGGCGCUCGGCAUGGUUCUUUCUAUCGGCCCACAGCCGGUAGCGGAGGCGAAGAAGCAGGGAGUUGAUGGUUGGUUGACUCCGGUGAUCGGGCAGACUCGGGAGCAGCGCCUCAAGGACGUUAUUCAGGAGUGUCUCUCGUAUAUACGGGCGUGAGGAAGUCGGAAAGGAGUGAAUGCAUGGGUCUAAUAUCACUAUAGCAAGGGACGUCGAGAUGGAGGGGUUAUUUGACGGCGGUCAAUGCAGUUACCAUAUAGCACCAGUGAGCCUAGCCGGCGUAGAGCUGACCACGUUCAGUAGAUACAGAUGAUCUUGAACUCUGACCACUUGGUCAUGGGUUGUGCGCUACC